AAAUCUAAACCUGUGACUAUCAUGGGACUCAAGACCAGGAAAAAAAAUAAGUCAAAAAGAUUAAGAGCCAGAGAAGCAGUCUUCACACAUGCGGCCAGCCAGCGGACGGAGUACUCUCUCAUUCAGGAAGGUGUCCUGUGCCCUGACCCUACAAGAUGCCAAGAGAAGAUGCUCACUUCAUCUAUGGUUACCCCAAGAAGGGGCACGGCCACUCUUACAUCACAGCUGAAGAGGCCGCUGGGAUUGGUAUCCUGACAGUGAUCCUGGGAAUCUUACUGCUCAUCGGCUGUUGGUAUUGUAGAAGACGAAAUGGAUACAGAGCCUUGAUGGAUAAAAGUCUUCAUGUUGGCACUCAAUGCGCCUUAACAAGAAGAUGCCCACAAGAAGGGUUUGAUCAUCAGGACAGCAAACUGUCUCUUCAAGAGAAAAAUUGUGAACCUGUGGUUCCCAAUGCUCCACCUGCUUAUGAGAAACUCUCUGCAGAACAGUCACCACCACCUUAUUCACCUUAAGAGCCAGCAAGACACCUGAGACAUGCUGAAAUUAUUUCUCUCACACUUUUGCUUGAAUUUAAUAUAGACAUUUAAUGUUCUCCUUUGGAAUGGUGUAGGAAAAAUGCACGCCAUCUCUAAUGAUAAGUCAGUGUUAAAUUUUUAGUAGGUCAGCUAGCAGUACUAAUCAUGUGAGGAAACAAUGAGAAAUAUUAAAUUGGGAAAACUCCAUCAAUAAAUGUUGCAAUGCAUGAUACUAUCUGUGCCAGAGGUAAUGUUAGUAAAUCCAUGGUGUUAUUUUCUGAGAGAGAGAAUUCAAGUGGGUAUUCCUGGGCCAUCCCAUUUCUCUUUACUUGAAAUUUGGCUAACAACAAACUAGUCAGGUUUUGAAACCUUGACCAACAUGAACUGUACACAGAAUUGUUCCAGGUGAGUCUUUACUAUGGGGUGCUCACAAAGGAUACUUCUAUAGGUUUAAGACAAAGAGCUGACUGGCCUAUUUAUCUGAUCAAGAACAUGUCAGCAAUGUCUCUUUGUGCUCUAAAAUUCUAUUACACUAUAAUAAUAUAUUGUAAAGAUCCUACAGCUUUCUUUUUUUUUUGCGUAGUGGGAGGGAGUUUUGCUCUUGUUGCCCAGGCUGGAGUGCAAUGGCACGAUCUUGGCUCACCGUAACCUCCGCCUCCCAGGUUCAAGCAAUUCUCCUGUCUUAGCCUCCCGAGUAGAUGGGAUUACAGGCAUGCACCACCAUGCCCGGCUAAUUUUGUAUUUUAAGUAGAGAUGGGGUUUCUGCAUGUUGGUCAGGCUGGUCUCAAACUCCUGACCUCAGGUGAUCCGCCCACCUCAGCCUCCCAAAGUGCAGGGAUUACAGACAUGAGCCACCACACCUGGCCAGACCCUAUAUCAUAGGUAAGACAUAUAAUGCAGUCUAAUUACAUUUCACUUCAAGGCUCAAUGCUAUCCUAACUAAUGACAAGCAUUUUCUAUUAAACCAGAAAUUGGUAGAAGGAUUUAAAUAAGUAAAAGCUACUAUGUACUGCCUUAAAUGUACCUAUGGCAAUUUAGCUCUCUUGGGUUCCCAAAUCCCUCUCACGAGAAUGUGCAGAAGAAAUCAUAAAGGAUCAGAUAUUC